UAGAUGCAAUGUAUAGUGGGUGUGUGGGGAUGCUGUAGGUUGGAUAUUUUGGCUGCAAUGUAUACGGAGUGGGUGUAGAUGGCGUAGGGCUGUGCAAGAAAGUUUGGAGUCGGGAUAUCAGGCACUCCCGGUUGAGUUUAGUGGAAGAUGGCGGCUGAGGAUCGGGAGCGGGAUCAGGCCCGCAGUGAUAACGCGAAACAGAAGCGAAAGGAGCAGCUGAAGCGCUGGCUGGGCUCGGAGACCGACCGGGAGCCCGAGCGGCCCCGCACCAAGCAUGUCCGAGUCAAGUUCAACGAGGGAGCAGUCUUCCUGGCAGCCUGUUCGAGCGGGGACCAGGACGAGGUGGAGAAGUUGCUGCAGAACGGAGCUGACAUCAAUUACACGAAUGUGGACGGACUGACCGCCCUUCACCAGGCCUGCAUUGACGAAAACCUGAGCAUGGUUACCUUUCUGCUGGAGCAUGGUGUCAAUGUCAAUCAGCCUGACAAUGAGGGCUGGACAGCACUCCACGCGACGGCCUCCUGUGGCUUCAUGGAGAUCACACAGUACCUAAUCAAACAGCGAGCAAGCGUUGCAGCUGUGAACAGUGAGGGCGAGUUGCCAAGUGACAUUGCCCAGGGUGAAGCUAUGGAGAAGAUGCUGAAGGAGGUAAUUAAAAAGCAAGGGGUCGAUGUGGAGGUGGCCAGGAAGGAGGAGGAGCAGCGGAUGGUCCAGGAUGCCAGGCAGUGGCUUAAUCGAGGAAAAUCGGAAGAUAUUCGGCACCCAAAAACUGGAGCAAGUGCCCUUCAUGUUGCUGCAGCCAAAGGUUACUUGGAGGUCAUGAAGUUAUUAAUCCAGGCUGGCUUUGAUGUGAACAGUCGAGACAAUGAUGGUUGGACUCCAUUUCAUGCAGCUUCUCACUGGGGCAAAGAAGAAGUCUGCAGAUUGUUGGUGGAGAACUUGUGUAACAUGCAGGCUGUCAAUAAAGUGGGUCAAACCGCAUUCGAUGUUGCAGAUGAAAGGCUCUUGGAUUUGCUGGAGGAGCUACAGACGAAACAGACUGUUUUGAGGAUUGAGAAAGAGAAGCAAGCCAAGAUGGAGGCCUCCCUUAUUGAACUGUCGAAUGCCUCUCAGCAAUUACCACCCAGGAGCAGGAGGACUUCUAUUUCCCGUAUGAGCAGCAAAGAUAAGAUUUCAAUACAUGACAAGGAGCGCAAGACACUGGAGUCUGUAAUGCUGGAGCACGUUAACGAUGAUGAGGAGGAGAGGAAGAAGUUGAAUGGCUCAAGUUCUGAGGAAGAGAUACCUCAUGAAGCUGAAUCCGAGGCUGAGAAGGCCAAAGUCCGUCUAAACGUGAACAACCUCACCAAGCGGAGCAUGACAACUGACUCCAUCCUCUCAUCCACUACUGCAAGUAACAAGAGGUUUUCAGGCUCCCCCGCCAAAACAGCAGCUCUCGAAGAGGAGAAGAGGGAGCCGCAGUCCCCAGCAGCGUGGCGCACUGCCCUACGCAAAACAGGAAGCUACGGAGCCCUCAACAACUUGCAGCCACCACCAGAGGAGCAGAGAGGGAAAGAGACAGGAAUUGUCCGUUCAGCAUCUAGUCCCAAGCUGACUCUGGCUGAAUCCAAGGAGAAGGAGAAAGAACCUCGAUUAGCCCGUGUUCCACCCACUCCAACAAGAAAGCUCUUCACUAUUGGAGAUACCAAUGAGGACAAAUCCAGUGAUUCUACAGCCCCGUUGGCUCGCAGUGCCUCCUACUCGAGGCAGCGGGAGGAUGACUCUGGCAAUCCAUUGGGCAGCCUGGCGCGGAGUUCAUCCUACACACGACGACAGACAGAGUUGGACAGCAACAAAAGAGAUAAGGACCUCAGCAACACCGUGCCGACUUCCUCUGGCGUCUCCAUCGCGGCAGUCUCUGGUUAUCCAAAGAGUCACUUACACCUGAAAAUGAUAGGCCGCAGUUAUAGUGCACAAGACUUCAGACUUCGUUCCAGACCAAUGCCACCCUCCAGCCAUAAGGUUAUUAACUCUGACACUGCUUCUGCCAGCAUCGCCAAUUUUAUAAGUGCAUCUUUUGCAAGAAGACAGGAGGGUCUUGCCAGUAGCUCUGUCCCAGGACCUGUUACAACGAUGCCUAGCACAGGCUCCUCCUCCAAUCCUCCCAGUAGUCGGGGCCUGACAGCAGGGGACAGUUACACAAGUCGUUCCCAGGCUCGAAACCAAGCAGGAAAUGGAGCAGAGAAAGAGAGUACGCCAGGCACUGGUUAUGGCACUGGGAAUCGUGAAAGACGCAGAUCCUACCUCACUCCAGUUCGUGAUGAGGAAGCUGAAGCACAACGGAAGGCGCGUUCACGACACGCCCGCCAGUCUCGCAGGUCCACACAGGGUGUAACACUUACGGACCUCCAAGAGGCUGAGAAAACAAUUGGAGUGCAGCGCGAGAAGAAAGCUGCAGAACAGGAGAAAGAGAAAGAGAAAGAAAAAGAGAAAGAAAAAGAAAAGGAAGAGAAAGAAGAAACUAAAGACAUUGCCUCAAAAUAUAGAUAUAGCAGGAGCAGUCAGGAUGAGGAGAAGAACUGGCGUUCACGAUUAGCCAACCUACAGAAAGCAGAUCUGUUGGGUCUAACCUCGUAUUCCUCAGAUUCCAAUCGUUCUACUGUCCCCAGCUACACCUGCCACAAUGCCGUGCAGCCACUCGACAACAAAGAAUUGGAGAAAGCUAAAGAAGAGGAGAAGGAAUCAGAUGAUUCUUCUUUCAGAAGGUCUGGUACAAGAGACCGAAGACGGCCGAGGGGGAAGCGAAGAUCAACAGGAGUGCAUUCCCUAUCACAAGAUGAUGAGAAUGACCAAGAUGAGUCAGAUGGUGAGGAUGUGCUGGGAUCACAGAAGAGACAGACCGAUAAUCUGUCAAGUUACAGGGAAGAUAUCUCAGCAAGAAGUCCUGGGAACCAAUCAAACAGAGGAACGAGCUAUUCGGACACAAGCCUGCAUUCUGUACGGGCUAGUCGGCUCGAUAGUGACAGUGACAGACAAGGCUACAAAAAGUUGUAUGAAGAACUUCAGAGAGAGAAUGUCCAGCUGCAGGACCAACUGCAAGAGAUGCAGAUGAAGAUUUCACAGACUAAAUUGGAGCUGGAGAAGGCAACACAGAUGCAAGAAAGAUUUGCAGACAGGACUGCCCAUCUGGAGAUGGAGAAAAAGGAGCGAAAAGCUUUAGAAAGAAGAAUCUCCGAACUUGAGGAAGAACUGAAGGUUUUAACAGAUUUGAGAGCUGACAACCAGAGACUGAAAGAUGAAAAUGGUGCACUGAUUCGUGUCAUCAGCAAACUCUCCAAGUAACUGGUCUUCACUUCAACACUUGCACAAAGCUUUCUGGAGUGAUGGAAUGUACUGCCACUGGUCUCCAUGCCCAGACGCUUGCCUCACCCUCUCUAUAGAGGGAUUGCUAUUCAAGCCACAACUAUUGCUAUUACAGCAGCACUUGGACUGCCAUCCCUGGGUAAUUUGGAAGGGCAUGUUUAUUGAAAUCUGUAUAAAUGAUGCUCGUAACCGAUACCUAUAUAGCCACACCACAGAGGAACAGCAAUUCUGUGAGGAAUAGUUAUAAAUGGGAGCCCACAGUCUUUGAUGAUGACAACUGUCCCAAUUACCACACGGGACCACUCUUCAUUCAUGUGACUUUGAUGACAAAACAGCACUUUGCUUCGUUAUUAAUACAUGACAAGUUGAAGAAAUUAACACAUCAUUGGUCAGAUUGGAGAGAUGGAGUGGAAAGUUGUGCUUGACAGAUUCUUCAUUUUGGGUUGUUUAACAAGGGAAUGGACCAGAAAAAGACACAUGCAUUUGUUUUAAUUAGUCCAUUAUUAUUUUGAUCUUGAAGCUAUACAAAGUCUCACCAGUUCCUCCAUUGUGCAUGGAACUUACUGUCGAGUUACUGACCUCUGCAGACUGUUUUACAAGAUUGUGACUUAGGAAGUAAUUAAGGCUUCACCCUCUCACCCAAUACUCUGUGCCCCCAAGCAUGAGUCGUACUUACUUUCAUGACCAAACUUGCGAAUAUUUUAACAGGUUCCAAGAUACUGCUGCUUUUAGAAGGGAAGAUACAAAAGGAAAGUACCAAUAAGAAAUGAUUUCCAGCAGGAAUGGAUGGAACCCAGGUAGUGGAUAUAUAUAUAUGCAAGGUGCACUUUAAGAAAUGGCUCUAACAUCCAAGUCAUUGUUAUUUGGGUAUAACUUUGCAGAGGAUUGUACAAGCAACAAUGGAGAGAUCCUGAAUGGUUGGUACAGUCACUGGGGGCAGACAGAGCUACUUUUAAUUCCUGAUCUGGCCAAACUUAGUGGAGGAAAUAAAAUAGGUCAAAAACUACAUGUAAUAUUAGUGUAAAUUUAUCAUAGAAUUGGCACGUCAUUUUUUUUCAGUUGAAAUUUCUCUAAUAUUCUCUGCCUUCCCUUAAGUUGCUGACAUUUCAUACCCCUCAACUCCAACUAUUUUGACGCACGUCCCUAAAUGUAUUUCUUUUUUUCCCUCUCAUUAGCUCCCCUAUUGCCAAAUAAAAACCAAAGUAUGUGUGUUUACGUUGAGGCAAUAUAGUUUACAGAUCUCCAUAUUACACAGCUUACCGUACUGGCUCUGAUAUAAAAGCCCCAAACAAAGCUAACUGUGCAACACGGUUUUUUGAUUUUUUAUGACUCAGAGAAAGAAAGAUUUAUAUUUUUGUGGCACUUUGGAAAUAUCCCUGAUCACAAUGGUUAUUGUUAAAGGCAUAGUAAACUUAGUGAAUUAACAAUAUGCUUUGAGUAAUGGCUGAAGAGAGAAUAUAGACUGGGGCACCUGGGAAACACAGUUCCUCUCUUUGAAAAACAACAUGGAAACUUAAGUUUCCACAAAAUCCACUGGAAUCAGCAAGUGGGUAUGGAACCACUUCCUCUUUUACCAGGAGUUUCAUCCAACGGUCUCUGAAUGCUGCAGAGUUUCAGUCUAUAGUGUAGAUCCAGCUCGUUAAAUGGAACUUGAACCAAAAUAAGUGUAGGAAGAAACUGCAGAUGCUGGUUUAUACCAAAGAUCAGCACAAAAUGUUGGAGUAACUCAGCAGGUCAGGCAGCAUCUCUUGUAUGAAGAAGAGGAAUAGAUGACGUGAAGAAGGGUCUUGACCUGAAACAGAAACUGCCUGACUUUCCGAGUUACUCCAGCAUUUUGUGUCUAUUUUGAACAAAAAACUGUAGCAAGAGUGGUGCUCUAAUUUGAGAAAAACCAACAAGAAAUAUUAAUUUUGCUGUUCAUUCUUUCCUUUUUGCAUGGAAGACUUUAAUGGCCAAUUUUCCAAAACAUUGUGAAGUGGGUGGUGGUGGUUCCUUCAAUACUACCAUAGACUACAUCUUGCGUGUACUUAAGCAAUCAAUACAGUGACUUGACCAAAACGAUUGCAAAUGCCCGGGCCAGCUCUACCCAGAUCGAAAGUUACAUUAUUUACAAAAACAUUAUCAAACUGCAGGAUCGGAUGCAUUAAUCACUAAAAAUUAAAUGUUUGAAUGGCCAUGAUGGCAGUGAACGCUAUUGCAGGGCCUUUUGAUAAAGGUGGUCAUGCCUCAUUGUUUCAGCAAGUUUUUAUUUUGCAGUCAUUGUCGUGACUUUCCCACAUCGCUUGUAAUAAUUAUCUGAGUAAAUGCCAUAUAUUCCACUGAAAACGCUCUUACUGCAAGCAAAUUGUUAACCAUUGAACCAAAGUAUGAAAUUCAAUAACACAAGAAUCCCCUUGCACUGCUGUAGAUUUAUCUCCUUUGGUAAGUUCCCAUAGGAAGUUAAAGUGACCUUUAUGCCUCUGAGGGUCAGAUUUGAGAUGUGGUAUAUCACGAGGACUGGAUAAUGCACUACCCAAGUGUCCCACUGGUCUACACUGCCCUAAGAUUUUGGAACGCUGUUGAGGUUUUCUAUAACAUGCUCUAAUCCCCGACUUGUGCUUUGGCUGCUGUCUUUUCACUGCAGGUCGGAAAAUUCACCUUCCUUUCCCACGGUUCAAAAGUAUGCAAGGAGAUCGAGGUUUAUUUGGCUGAAAGGUCCCGUCAUUCUGAUAGUGUUCACGUUCAGGGAAUAUUGUUAAUUAGCUCACCGUUUGCUAAAUGCAGCAUGUGAUUUUCUACCAAUUAUUUUUUUACAUAGAUUGAGAUCGACAGGAGAUGAAACAGCCAGAUGCUGUUAGCAGUUCUAUUACAGAGAUAGGUGAAUUAGUAAGAGGUUUGAUAAUCAUUGUGUAACUCAUUUAAAGGGUAUAAAGAGGAAAUAAAUCACAAUCAUGAGGCAAGGAAGUUUGCCAAGAGUGGCUAACUUCCAGUUGGCUUAAAGUAAGCGGGUUAUAUUAUCUAUGAUUUUGCUAUUUUUGUACUGAUGGAAGGCAAAUCGUUUUUAUGUACUAGUUCAAUAUAGACUGAAACUACAUACAGUGGCACUGUUAUGGAGUAAGUAAUGUCAGUAGGUGGAGAAGAGAAUUGCCAAAAGAAUGGAUGAAAAUGUUUCCCUUGUCUUACCUGGGUGGACCAUUUGUGCAGAGAUCUAUUCUUAUACACUAAUAGCCAUUUGUCUCUUGAAAUCCAAAAUUCUGAAUAGAUCAGCACAUUUGGAAAAGCUGAGGAGGAAUGGGUUCAGGGCUUCCUUUAUUCUAUGUGUAUCGGGUUGGUGAACACUACACAUACCGCAUCACUUGUGCAAUAAAGCUGAGUUUAUCUUAUAUGCAAUAAUGUAUGUUACUUUUCUAUAGGCUUGCCUGCAAAUUGCACAAAUUCGUAUUGUAUAAAAGCCACAGAUGUGUUUGAAACCAGUUCUAUAUAUUUCACCUGCCUUUCAAAUGUAAACUAUAUAUUCUUGUACAUUUUUAUGUUAAUAUUUAAAAGAAAAUUGUGUCAGACUAAUUCACAUCAACCAAUGGUUGGAAGUCAAUUUGCUGUUGAUAAAAAUGAAGAGACAGGCUUCGUUUGUGAAGUAUCGUAGUGACUUUCCAUUGCAAGCUACAUGGCUCUCAGGCUGUCCCUUCACCAUCAAACUUCACCCUUCACAUUUAUACUUGAGCUUUACUCAGGUUACUGAAUUCCCACCAAGAGUCCUCAUUCUCACGCAGAAUUCACUCUCAGGCAUUAUUCUCCCACUUAGUUCAAGGUUUGAAAAAUAAAACAAUUCCCCCUCUGCCUCCCCCUCCCUCACCACUUGCUGAGAUAAAGCUUCUUCACAAUCUGGCUCAACCUGUUGGUUUGGUUGAAAACUUCCAUUGGGCCCUAGGUUGGUAAAUGAGGGAUGCAAUAUCUCAAUUGGGCACUCAAAUACUCUGAGUACUUCUAUGUUCAGCGGAAGUACCAUGACCAUAAAAGCAAAUGUUACAAAAUAUUGCACUUAUACUUGAUACACCAGAGCCAUGAGCCAGACUACCCUUCUGCCUUUUACACUAAAACUAAAUCAAACCCAGGCAGAGGAUAUGGAGGUUCUCUCUUUAAUAAGAUUUGAGAGUCUCACCACUAUCUAUUAAGUUUUGGCACCUUAUUUUGAAACCUGUUGGACAAGUGAAAAUGUAUCUAUUGGAAUUUCGUUUUCAGUAAAUAUAUAAAAUUUGGAAUUUGUUUCUGGUGCUAUUUGGGCAUUGCCACUUCAAGAUGGCUCAGGUGGAAAAUGGAACUCCCCAAGCCAUUUAUGCGAGAGCCGAACAGGGCACUUUUAAAAAGCUAUUAAGAUUUUGUUGAGUUAACCUAUGCUGCAUUUGAUCUGGGAAUACAUGAUACUGAUAGUAGGUGUAAAAGUGAAAAUAUAUGCCAACCCCUGCACUGACAUCCCUCACGUUGAUGAGCACAAUAAUGCACCAAAAAUAAAAAGAUAUAUUUUACAAAAAAAAA